UUUAAUUUUUAUCUAUGGAUGGAAAAAAGUCAACAACAAGCAACAAGACGCUUCGAAUUUUAACGUAAAAUAUUAUUUUGUUUAGUUAAAAUAAAAUUGUUAAUUUAAAUUAGUUUUACGUAGGUAUUAUAACAUACUAGUGCUUAAUGUGUUUCAAUUAAUAGCAAACUAACAUAUCGGUACAACAUGAGCGGCAGGGCGAAAAAAGCCGCGGCGCCGAAGAGGAAGGCCAAUGGAUACAAAAUGCCUGCUCCUAUACCUGUGGGAGAAGUUUUAGUUGAUACAAUUGGCAAAAAGAAGUGGCGGAUAGGGCCAUCGAUUGGCGUCGGAGGCUUCGGUGAAAUAUACUCGGCCUGCGAUCACGAAAGUUCACCCAAGAAAGGAGGGGGCUAUCCUUAUGUUAUCAAGAUUGAGCCUCAUGAGAAUGGUCCUCUGUUUGUGGAGGUGCACUUUUACAUUAGAAACUCUAAUAAAGCUGAGAUUGAAAAAUAUAUGAAAGACAAGAAGCUAACAACAUUUGGUAUGCCUCUGUACUUUGGGCACGGCUCGCACGAGUACAAGGGAGAGAAGUAUCGGUACCUGGUGCUGGAGAGGUAUGGGCAGAACAUAUGGAGUCUGUUCCUGCAGAAUGGGCGGCUGUUCCCCCCACAUACUGUGUUCCUGCUGGGCUUGCAAAUGCUAGAUGUGUUAGAGUAUGUGCACACUAGAGGCUAUGUUCACGCGGAUAUUAAAGGCGGUAACAUACUCCUGGGCCUUAAGAAGGGGACGGAGCAUCAGGCCUACCUCGUGGACUUCGGCCUCGCAACACGGAUCAAUGACAAGGAGUUCAAGCCGGACCCCAAGUGUGCACACAAUGGCACCAUUGAGUAUACCAGCAGGGAUGCCCAUCUAGGAGUGGCCACAACGCGUGGUGACCUGGAGAUCCUGGGCUACAACAUGCUGCAGUGGCUCACAGGACAGCUGCCCUGGGAGAAGAGUCUCCUGCAACCCAAGACCGUGCAGGAGAUGAAGGAGGCCUUCAUGAAGAACGUCCGGAAGGAGAUCACCAAGCUAUCUAGCAGUGUACCUGAAGCCCUUAUCAAAUUCUUUGAAUACAUUAACACAUUGAAGCCCAAAGACAGUAUCGACUACAGCAAGUGUAAGAAAAUGUUUGAAACCUAUCUGAAGUCACAAGGAGUGUCCAGAAGCAGCAAGCUAGAGUUCACAAGCAAGAAGAACAAGGGAAGUAAAGCUGUGAAUGGAGAUCAAAACGACAGUGGCACGGAGAAGAGUAAAGAAAAGGUAGUUAAAAAGAAUUCCAUAAAACAAAAUGGCGAAGCGAAAAUAACGAAACGAGGCAGAAAGGCAAAAAUAGUGGUAUCAGACGAAGAUAGCGAAAAUGAAGAGCCGCCGACCAUAGACAAUGUUUCACCCAGCAAGAGAGGCAGGAAACCACGGACAAUACACUUGGAUGUCAAUAGCGAAGAGGAAGCAAGUACAGGAGAAGAAAAGAGUAUACGAAAAGUCCCCGUCAGACCGAAGAAAAGAAAAUCAUCGGAACCUAUACUGCUUGUUAAGGUCAAAAGAAUAAAAGUACCAUGUAGAGUAACACCGCCUGUCAAAAAAAAUCACGCCAACAUUGCGACGCAGACUUCUGUGGAUAGAUCUAGACGGAACCCGAGACAGGUGUCAUUUGACAGUCCAGUCAGCGCCGUUAUAGGGCAGGAGACAAAUGACAAAAACACCAAAGAAAAGUCAACAAACUCUAGCCCAGACAUUUUCGACGAUUCCCUCAUUAUUGAAGAUAAAAAAGUGAAGCCAAAAAGGAAGCUGUUGUCGCAACAAGAGGUGACAGUCAAGAGGGUAGUUAGGAAAAAAGUGACCUCCGUCAAACCUAAAGCGAAUCGAUCGUGGAAAGAUACAUCUGCCAUCGUAAACGGACGGUCGCCACCGAAAUAAUGAAUACUGUGCCAUAUUUUAUACUUCAAUAGUUGAGACUAUCCUUAAAAUUUAAGUGUAUCUUGAAUAAUUAUAUAAAUAGUUAAUUGUGAUACAUUUUAAAAAAAAUUCCAUAAAGAAAACUUCGUAAAAACUCAAUAUUUGAGGUACGCUUGGAUUUUAAGAAUUAGUUAUUAGGGAGUAACUCAUUUUCCGAACAGAUUAGAUUAUUUAAGCCUACUGACUACCAAAAAAUAAAACCGAUAUAAACCGGUUUAGAUCGGUUUCUAUGUUUCAUAAAAGAAAACCGAUUUGUAACCAUUAUUGGUUUCACUUUUUUGUGUGGAUUCUGUCUAUCUUUUUCCUCUAGUCUGUACAAUUCUAUUGCCAUAAUUGAUUUUUAUACCCACCAUUAAAAUAUAAUUAUAUGCUUUACCUUGAAAAGUUCAAAUCCGUAAACAAAACAGUCCAUUUAUUUUAUUUAUAGUUAAAUUAGAUUUAAAAAAUAAUCGGCUGCUACAACUCAAAGCUUAGUAAGGUUCAAUUGUGUACCAGAUAGUUAAAGUUAAUUGACGGUUACCGGUAAACUUUGACCACAAGUAAAAAGCAAAAUAUGUCGCACAAGUCACUUAGUACGUCCAUGAUUACAGUUAAAGGUAUGGUCCUAAGUUAACAGAUCCUGUCUUAUGCAGGCCAUUUUGCUUUUAUUGACGGUUAAAAAUUAACGGUAACCGUAGCAUAACUUAAACUGGACGUUAGUCCGUUUGUUUUUACAAACACUUACUAAGAUUUGCUUUGGAGCAGUUUUUAACUUUUAAUGUUUAAGGAACUUUAAUUACUAGAGAUGAGCAUUGUUGCUACUUGUAAAUCAUUUUCAUUUGGUGAAAUUAUUAUUUUUCACAGUAUGUGAUUUUUGAAUUUUUGCACUUAUCGUUUGCUACGUUAAUUCAGCUAGGAAUUAUGACUAAGUUUAAUAGUCUUGAUACUUGACCGGUGAUUUUCCACAAACAGUGAAUUCUCACUUCAAUUGAUUCAAUUCACUUUCCUUGAAACGUACCUAGUCAAUCGGCACUGCGCCAGCGUGGCACACUAUGGCCUAAACAGUCUCAUUCUGAGAGGGGGGGGGGGGGGGCGUGUUCAGUAGUGACUCCCCCCUAGGAAAAUACCCUAUUGUUCUAGGGGUGGCUCUUUCAAAAUCAAUGUUUGUUAAUGUUACUAUUGAAUUUCAAUUGAAUCGUUUUUAUUAAUAUGAAUGAAUGUAUUAUGAUUUCGCUCAUGUUGUAUUAUGAAUAUAAAACUAGGUAAGUACUUAAUAUUAAAAGCCACUUCAAAAAAGGGUAAAAUACCCUAUUGUUAAUGUUUAUAGUUAGUAUUGAAUUUCAAUUGAAUCGUUUUUAAUAUGAGAAUGAAUGUAUUAUGAUUUUGCUUAUGUUGUAUUAUGAAUAUAAAACUGU